AUGGGAGACCUUAAUACUAAGGUUGGAAAACGGAUUAGUGAUGAUGAAACCUCCAUGGGAAACGAAUCACCGGGCGAGAGGAACGAAAAUGGAGAACUGUUUGUUUCCCUGUGCGAACUAAAUAGUUUGAACAUAGGUGGGAGUAGAUUCAAGCAUAGAGAGAUACAUAAAUGUACAUGGACCUCACCAGACGGAAGAACAAAGAAUCAAAUAGAUCAUAUUGCAAUUAAUAACAAGUUCAGGAGCUCACUAAGAGACGUAAGAGCGAUGAGAGGUGCCGACGUUGGAUCAGAUCACUACUUGAUUCUUGCAAUAUUAAAACUAAAAUUAAGAAAAUCACCAAAGAAGACGGGACAUAAAAGAAUAAGCUAUGACAUUGCUAAGUUAAAAGCCAAAGAGUGCAGACAAGAAUUUUCAAUCGAGUUGAAAAACAGAUUUGAGCUGUUAAAGGAAGAAGAAAAUCAUGGCAACACUAAGCAAUCAGAAAAUGAGGUAAAAGAAAAAGUUGAAGAGACUUGGGAACAUAUCAAAAACAUUUAUUGCGACGUAGCAGAAAAAGUGUUGGGUAAAAAGAAAGGAAAGAAAAGCAAAGAAUGGAUUACGGGUGAAACAUUAAUACUAAUUGAAAGCAGAAGGAAAAAGAAAAUACAGAUGGAAACUACAAAGUCUGAAAGAUUAUUUAAUCGAUAUGAGCAUUUGCUUUUUGAAUGA